AUGAGUACAGUUAAAGAGCUUAAGAUGGAGAACGAUGCCUUAAAGCAGCAAGUUCAAGACCUGAAACAAGAUUUGAAAGGCAUAAGUGAACGCGUUGGGUCUAUUCGCUCUGAAGCCGUUAAAAGUUCAGACCUACAGUUUUAUAGCAAUACAUAUGAUGAUUUGCUUACGUUUAAGAAGGACACGCAAAACGAACUCAAACGAAUUGGUAACAAAAUAGAUUCUACUUCAGAUAAAGUUGACAAGAUCGCAGCCGCCAUUACUGCCUUCGAAGACUAUCGUUACCAAUAUAAUCUUAAAAUCGUGGGCGUGCCUCAAAGUCAAACAAAACGAGUCGUGUGA